AUGCUCGCCAAAGCAACCUACAACCCGUUGGGUGUAUCUGCGACCCAGACGCCAACAACCUCCUACUACACUGGGUCAUCGCAGAAGACUGCCGCGGUCGGAGACACACAGAAGGGGAUGAUGUUCGUCAGCCCUACCGAGUCGAGUUUCUCCGACGUGUACGACGGGCUUGAUGCUGUUCGGUCUUGGGAUGAAAAACAGGUGAUUGCCUGGCUUCACAGCAUAAAUUGUGGCCAAUACGAGGCAUUGUUCAAAGCGAACAACUUCAACGGUAACAAUCUGAUUGAAUGUGAUCAGAAGAUCCUCCAGGAGAUGGGCAUCAAGAAGAUCGGCGAUCGAGUGCGGAUUUUCGUUGCUAUCAAGCAGCUCAGGAACAAAUCAGUCCUCAACCGCAAGUCAAGGAAUCUGAAUUCAUUGGCUACGCUUGAGUCCGUCUCUUAUACGAAUGCCUCGUCGGAACCCUCACGUCCUUCCAAUCACCGGCAGACUUCAAACACUCGCCGCUCUUCCCGAGCGGCCGAGACGAGCUCUCUGGGUUACUCUGCCAACAGGCCCUCGUCACGGCCAGAGUCGCCACUGCGUCCUCAACAGUAUGUCGCCAAUAGCCCCAUGGAAAUGGGACGGAUGGAACAAGGACAAAGCUACUUCAGUCACCCAUCAUCUAGUAGCUCGAUGACCAGCCAGAAGCCAGGAACUCCCAGCGAGAGAUCCGGGUCCCACCUGAGGCAAAACCCUAGUUUGGAUGGCUUGACAAUGGGGCAGUUGCCGACAAAUUCUUUCGUCAUUAGAGUGAUUUACACAGGAGGACAGACUAAGAUGCUGGACAUCAAGCACUGCAAGACUGCCGAUGGGAUCGUUCUUUGCGUACUGAAGAAACUGCAGCUCCCAGAACACCAGUUCCGCAACUAUUGUUUCUAUGUUCUGGAUGGCCUGGAGCCAGAUGCUGCCCAUUGCAGAAGACUCACGGACCAGGAGCUCCUGGAUGUAUGCGCAAGCCCACACAGGUCGGAGCGGGGCCGCCUUAUCCUUCGCAAAAUCCAUGCUGGGGAACCGGAUCCAGAUGAGCUUCGCCGCGCUUCUCAACUGGCGGUAGACGAAAGCCAGCUAGCCCACAUGAAUGCUCUGAGCAGCUCGAAUGUGCGCAAUCAGCUGAAGAUCCAACAGUUGACUGGAGAGCCCUGGCACAAUAUCAGGCAACCCAUGUCGCCCGUCUCUUCCCGACACAACCAGACCCCGAGUGAGCAUGAUAUACGACCACCCAUGAAUGUGGAACGCCAGGUGGGCAAGUUACGGUCCUUCUUUGGUGCUCGUCCACCUAGCGAAAUGAUUAUCCACGAGAUUACGUCUUAUUUCCCUAGUCACCAGCGGGAGGAAAUCGAAAAGACCAUGCGCAUGUCGGUCCGCAGAUCUCAGCGCUUGAGCCGGGCUGCCAGCCGCUUGAGUGUCGUUAGUAACACAAGCUACGCAUCUAGCUUGCGAGACGCGCCCCCGAUUCCUAGCAUCGCAGAUACCUGGCUCAAUACCGGAGGCGCCCCUUCUCGCGCCUCAAGGCCACUCUCAGUGUCCAAAUUCAAUCUUCCUACCGCAACGUACAGGGAUUCGAUCGCUUCCAGCUCCCUUCAGCCCCUUCAGGAAGAGUCGCCCAUUGAGCCAAAUCGCAAGUCGUAUGUCUCUUUCGAUAGUGGCUCAGAUGACCCCACCACUUCGCGUCAGAGCCUUGUGGACGAGAAUGCAAGUGUUGCUGCAACUGACGGAGGCUCAUUCAAUGAACGCUUGAGUAUCCUCGUAGCAGAGGAUGGGGAAGAGGAAGACGAUGGUCUUAACGACUUCUUAGCUGGCAACAACUUUGCCCCCAAGAACUGGAUGAAAGGAUCUCUCAUCGGAGAAGGUUCUUUCGGAAGUGUCUUCCUCGCUCUUCAUGCUAUCACCGGAGAGCUCAUGGCUGUGAAGCAAGUUGAGAUCCCGUCCGCAACCAAGGGUACGGAGUUCGACAAACGGAAGAACAGCAUGGUUACCGCCCUCAAGCAUGAGAUUGAACUUCUACAGGGCUUUCAUCAUCCGAACAUCGUCCAAUAUCUGGGCACAGCUGCUGAUGACCAGUACUUGAACAUUUUCCUGGAGUACGUGCCAGGAGGGUCCAUUGCCACGAUGCUCAAGCAGUAUAACACGUUCCAAGAGCCUCUGAUCAAGAACUUCGUCAGGCAGAUCCUUGCCGGCCUCUCUUAUCUCCAUAGCCGUGACAUCAUUCAUCGCGAUAUCAAGGGUGCCAACAUCCUCGUUGACAACAAGGGUGGCAUCAAGAUCUCCGAUUUUGGUAUCUCCAAACGAGUGGAGGCCUCCACUCUCCUUGGAGCCCGAGCCAGUGGCGGAGGUGGCCAUGCCCACCGAGUCUCGAUGCAGGGUAGUGUGUACUGGAUGGCACCAGAGGUGGUCCAACAGACAAUCCACACUAAGAAGGCUGACAUUUGGAGCUUGGGCUGUCUCGUUGUCGAGAUGUUCACAGGGGCCCAUCCCUUCCCUGCCUGCAGUCAGUUGCAAGCCAUCUAUGCCAUCGGCAAAGAGAAAGCCAGACCUCCCGCUCCAGAGCACGCAAGCAAAGAAGCCGUCGCAUUCCUGGACAUGACUUUCCAAGUCGACUACGAGAAGAGACCGGCUGCUGACGAACUUCUCAAGUGCCAAUUCUUGGCCAACCCUCUUGCAUAA